GGCAAGUGACGGGGGGUGGAGAGGAGCAAGUGGCGGGGGCCCGUACACAGCUGACGGGCGGCAAGCAGCAGGUGCUUCGGGGGAAGAGCGGGAGCGAGGGCUGUGAGCAGAGCGCAGGCAGCACUCCAAAGGCGAUGGGGAUGGUGUGUCGGCUGCUACAGCCAUCGGUUUUCAAUGCCCUCCAUGACAAAGCUCUGCAGCUUCUCUGCAGCCUGGAGGAAACAGAUUGUUCCCUCUCGCUCUGCACCCACAAUCCCUGCAGUGACUCUGCCCAGUGCCUGGGCCAGACAUUGGAGCUGGGAGGAGGAUUUGCCCCCAUGGAUGAGAGGAACGUGAAGAAUAAGAGAGAGAUGAUUGCAGGUGAAUUUAACAAGCUGCACACACUGCUGAGAGAGGAGGAGCAGCUGCUUCUGCAGAGCCUGGAGGAGGAGGAGAGGGAAACUCUGCAGAGACUAAGGGAAAAUGUCACCAAACUCUCCCAGCAAAGCUCCUCUCUGCAGCAGCUGAUCACAGAGAUCGAGGAGAAGUGUCAGCAACCAGUUGUCGAGCUGCUAAAGGAUGUGAAAAGCACAUUGAGCAGGAGUGAGAAUGUGAAACUCCAGGAACCAGAAGCUGUUUCUACUGGCCUGAAGAACGUGUAUAAAAUUUCCCUUGACAUGAGGGAAGCACUGAAGAAAUUUGGAGUGGACGUGACUCUGGAUCCAAACACGGCAAAUCCCGAACUCGUCCUGUCUGAGGAUCGGAAACGUGUGAGACUCGGAGAUGCACGCCAGGAUCUGCCCGACAACCCUGAGAGAUUUGAUUAUGCUCCCUGUGUCCUGGGCGCUGAGGGGUUCGCGGGCGGGAGGCGUUACUGGGAGGUGGAGGUGGGAGACAAGACUGAGUGGACUCUGGGGGUUUGUAGGGAAUCUGUGAGCAGGAAGGGGUGGGUCACACUCUCACCUGAGGAUGGAUACUGGGUCGUGUGGCAGGGUGAUGGGGAAUACAAGGCCCUCACCUCCCCCUGGACUUCCCUCCCCGUGAGCAUCAGGCCCAGCCGGGUGGGGAUUUUCCUGGACUAUGAGGCGGGCGAGGUCUCGUUUUACAAUGUGACUGACAGGUCCCAUCUCUUCACUUUCACUGGCACCUUCUCCGGGACGCUCCGCCCUUAUUUCUAUCCUGGUCGCAACACUGGGGGUACAAACGCGGCUCCCCUGAUAAUCUGCCCGGUCCCAGAUCAGGCCGGAGGGAAUCUCUGUCCCUGACAGUGACCCCGCGGCACAGACUGUCCCCUCCCAGCACUGCUGAUCUUCCCUCCCCCAGUGGUGGGGGCCAAUUACUGCAGCAACUGGACUUUUUAUGCUGACCGGAUGCUGCCAGUUUCCCUUUUCAACUGGCAACCCCUAGCCCUCACCUUUCCCAGCCCCCUGCCCCAGGGGUAGCAGGUGGUGGUGGAUGGGGGUCAUUCACUCCUGUCAGAAUUUUCUACCCUGGUGAAAUCUCAAUGUAAAAUAUGAAAGAAAAAAGAUUAUUCUAAUUUAGAAAAUAUUAUUAUAACAAAGUGUAAAUACAAGAAUAUUUUAAUUUACAUUUCAACAGUAUUUCAAAAACAAGCAUCUAAACAUAAUUUUAGAAAUAGAAUUAUUUACGUUUAUUUUUUUAUUCUUCCCCCUUCUCCAAAUAACAUCAUUUGUAUUUCAACUGUGGAAUUUCAAGAAAUCCAAAAUAUUUAUCUUAACAAAAUAAACCAUUAAAUUGUCAGACUGGGUUGUUCAGUUACAAUGUACAUGUGUCAUAAACAUCACAACUACACACUUUUGCAUCUUCUCUCUCUCUCUCUCUCUCUCCCCCUCUCUUUAUUGCCUCUGGAAGAGUGGGCACAUACACCCACCUCCUGCUCUACAUCUUUGACAAUUAAUAGGUUAAAAAUGAUAGAAUUAAUCAAGCAAUAUAUUUAAGUUAACUCACACAAGAUUAUAUAAAAAUCUUUGAACUUCUGUCAGCAUUAAUUCAUGGGAUUUUUAACUUUCUAACUACAUAUAAUCGGUAAUCAAGAUAUGACCUUUCCUUUCUUUCUCUUACAUCAAUUAAAAAAACACCCUCCCCGACCUCAAAUGCUCUCUUCCUAUUGAUAGAAAUCUCUUCUACAAUCUCCAUUUUUUGGUUUAUCUUUCUUUAGAAAUAUUAUUUGGAUGCAAUGUACUGUCAGUGUCCACUGUUGAUUUCAAUGUACUGCCGGGCUCUUCAUGUUCUUGGUUAUAAGGACACAACAAAUGUACUUUCAUAAAGAAAUAGUGAAGGGGUUGUAUUCCUUUACUGAAUCAUCACAAAUUAACUUAAUUGUAUUAAAGACACUGGCACUUAAUGACACAUAACAUGAAAUUUGGUGAAGCUUUAUUGGGAAACCUUUCUUCUCAGCCAUAAAUCAGUCAAAAGGGUGAUAUCUUUGUUGUCAUGUGAGGUUUAGAGUACAAAGAAAAGAAAGUUGCUCCAGGAAAUUCAUCACAAUUCCUCUGGGUUCUGUCCACCACCUUCUGGAAUGCUCUGUAAAAAUAGUGACCGAUUGGUCUAAUUCCUUGAAAUUAGCAAUUGAACCUAAUUUCUUGAAGAGCGAACUGAGCAGACUAUGAGGGGAGGCACAUCACAUGGCAUUGCUAGGACUACUUUCUGUUUUAAACGUGAUGCGUUAUGAACAUUUUCAAUGUAAUAAUUCAGUUUUGAAGAUUUAUUCACAAUAUGCCAUUCAUGGCAGUGU